AUGCCGCCGCCGUCGAAUCAACGCCGCCCGCGCACCCGCCGAGUCAGCUCCUCCGACCCGCACGAUGAAAUGCCAGACUCGUCGCCGUCCCGUCCGAGGACGAAACGUCGCAAGGUCGUGCCACCCGUCAAGACCACCGAAACAUGCACACCGCAAGACCGCGUCAAUGCGGUGAUCGUAUCGCUCGCGAUGCCGGACGGCGGCCAGCCACCCGUGGUGUCGACGCAGUUCGCCAACGAGACGAAUUUCCAAGAGAAUGCGCACGGCAUCACCGCGUACGCUAAGGUCGCCGGCUGCAACUGGACCUACUACGUCAAAGACCUCGUCAUCCGCAUCGGACGGCCGCCCGACACGCGGCCGGGAACUGGCACCGCCGGCUCGCCGACCCCGCCCCCCCUCAAGCCGGAGGAUACGGUGCACAUCGAUCUCGGCCCGAGUAAGCUCGUCUCGAGGAAUCAUGCAAUUAUUUCCUACGACGGCGAUAAUACCGAUGGCGUGCAUGACUGGCGCAUCCAUGUGAUUGGCCGCAACGGCGUCAAGAUCGAUGAUGAUUCGUACAAGAAGGAUAGUAUCGUCGUGCUGCGCAGCGGGAGUGUCAUUGAGAUCGGCGGCGUGCAGAUGAUGUUUGUCCUGCCGAAUAAGACCCCCGUCAUCGCCACGUCCAUCAUGCGCCGUGCGCGCCUGCGCGAGUACAUCAUCGACGAAGAGGUCCCGCUCGAGUUUGGUCCGGUUAAGAAGGAAUUUGGCCCAGAUGCGACGAUCAACGGCUUGACCACCCCUUCGGCGUUGGCAGAUGGCGACGCGCCAGUAACGGCGGUUGCGACGACGGGCGGCAAGAGAUCACGGUCGAAUACGCAGAUUGGAGGUAUCGGUGGAAGUGCUACAGCACCCAUCUACCAACGGGGUGUAUUACUGGAAAUGACCGAAGAUAUGGAUUACUCGCAGGAUGCCUUGAAGGAGAUUAAGCCGCCGUAUAGCUAUGCCUUGAUGAUCGCGCAGGCUAUCCUCUCCAGCGAGACCGAACAGUUAACAUUGUCGUCGAUAUAUCAGUUCAUUAUGGAUAAAUACUCCUUCUACAGGCAUUCCAAUAUGGGCUGGCAGAAUUCGAUCCGUCACAAUCUGUCACUGAACAAGGCUUUCCGGAAAAUUCCGCGUCGCACUGACGAGCCAGGGAAAGGCAUGAAAUGGGAGCUUCUGCCAGAGCACCGUGAUGAAUACAUUAAGAAGCUGCGGAAACCCUCCAAAGGCGGACGGCAGGCUUCGUCGCAAUCAGGGUCGCCGUCUUCUCCCAGGGGAGGAGCCCAGAAGACACUGCAACCGCAGCCCGUGAGACCGAUGCGUUCGCUGGAUGAUCCCCCGACACAGGGCCACGAGGGGAGUAAAUCGCCUCCGCGCUCCAUCACCCCGCCACCUAUGCCCGCGUACAGGGUGCAACCUCUGGAAGCAUACACACCUGACCGCGGCUCGCGCCUCCCCGCUCUCCGCAAUCCCGACAAGACGCUAGUCGACACGCCAGGGCCACCGAUACGCCACAGCAUCAGCGGACUGGGCGCGCUCUCGGGCCUGGGUGACUCCACCACCGGCGGCGGCGGCGACUCCAUCCCCACCUCGCCGACCCGCCGCCCCCACGCCUGCAACGACGACGACACCGCCGGGCUCUCGGCGCUCACGCCCGCGCCGCAGCGGCACCACCCGCGCCUCGCCCCGCCCUCCACCGGCCGCGGCCAGCUCCCGUCCAGCUACCUCCCCACCUCCAGCCCCGCGCCGUUCUGGAAAUACGUCCAGUUCGGCUCUACCCCCGCAAAGCCCGACGGCUACACGCCGCUCAAGGACCUGCACUCGUCCAGCCCCCCGCCCGCCAUGUCGAAGCCCGAUGACCCCGCAAAGAGAAAUACCAUCCGCGAGCUAGGCAGCCCGCUCAAGGAUCGCAGCGGAGGAUUCCAUCUAGGCGGCCCGAGACAUCUGCCGCCCCACCUGGUGCUGCCGGAUCCUAAGGAAGAGGAGGACGAUGAUGGCCUUGGCGACUUUCCCGGCGUGGAUUUGGCUAGAGGUUUCGAGAAAAUCGGAAAAUACCACGUCAAUGGCCGGUUUGCGGAGAACGACGGGUGGGUGUGA